AUGUCUCGCCAAGCCAUGUCCACCACCGAGCACAAAGUCAUCAUUGUGGGUUUGAACAAUGCAGGAAAGACGACCAUUCUCUACCAAUUUCUAACGAAAGAAGCUGUCCACACAACACCAACUAUCGGCAGCAACGUUGAGGAGAUCAUCGUGCGUAACAGUCACUUCAUGGUUUGGGAUAUAGGAGGACAGGAGAGCCUUCGAGCCAGCUGGUACUCCUAUUACUGCAACACAGAGAUUGUCAUCCUGGUUGUGGAUAGCACUGACCGUGAAAGACUGACUCUAACCAAAGAAGAGCUGCACCGAAUGCUGGCACAUGAGGACUUGCAGAAUGCUUCCGUUCUUAUUCUGGCCAACAAACAAGAUGUGAAGGGCUCCAUGACGGCAGUAGAGAUCUCUCAGUUCCUCACUCUCGACUCCAUCACAACACAUACGUGGCAUGUCCAAGCUUGCUGCGCCCUGACAGGAGAAGGUCUGCCUGCUAGUCUGGAUUGGAUGAAGUCGCAGGUUGUUGCAAACUAAAACUCUGUCCAGGAGAUGAAGCAUCCUCAAACUGAGCCAACCUCAAAAACUGCACAGGCCACAGUGUCUGGAUUAUUUUCUUGUUUUGGGAAAAAUCCUAUACAGUACUAUAUGUCUUACCUGCAAAGAGGUGCACUGUGUAUACAGUAGCUGAGCCUCAGGGGCAGACAUGCAACUGAAGAACCCAGAUGCUCCCAGGGCUGGAGACGUGCACCGAGAUACACUCAUAUCAAGACAGCAGACUUCUGGGUGUUGAUUUUUGUACGCUUCAAGAACCACUCAGUCUUCUUAUAACAAGUUUUUCUCAGUGCACAUUUAGGAAUUGUUUUAUUUGUAUUUACUGUAAAUUUCUCACAUGACACUUGCUGAGUUGCACUAUUUUUACACACUAUAUCGUCCCUGACCGGUAAUAUCACAUUCUACUUUGGUUUAAUUAGAGGUCUUUCAUUUCAUUAAGGUUAAAUAAGUGACAACAACAUCUUACCUAAUUUUACUGUAUUCAUCUAUUACUAGAACUAAACAGUGAACCAACAAUGUUACCCGCUUAAUUUUGAGCAAUGAGAUAAGAGAAAACAUGAGGCAGGUGGGUCACAGAUGAUAAUUAGUAAGACUAAAGCACAUAUUUAAAGUGUUUUUUUCUUAAAUUACAGUUUCAGUGGGCUAAUCUGAUGCACUUGAAUUUUAUAGAAACCUUUGCAUGAGACAAUCAUGAUCUCAUUUUGACCUUUGAUUCUUGUCAGUGAACUCCUUCCACGUUUAGUACUCUACAAGUUUCACAACAGCUUUUCAUUUGCAAAUUAGAUGCUAGCAUUAAACCUCUAUGGAAACUAUAAGCACAUACUGUAGCUCCUGUGGCCUCUUCUCAGAUACUCUGCAAUAUUGGGAUAAAGGUCUGCACUUAUUUAUGCUGUUAUGUUUUUUUUGCCAGUGAACAACAGGACUUUGUUAUCCUUUAGUAAUUUAUUUUGUAAAACUUGACCACUGUACAAUUGAUAUGUAUAUUACAACAAUUUCCUGAACAGGAAAAUAAGAUAUCUGCCAAUGAUUAUGAGUCAUAUUUAAAAUGUAUAUA